AGGGAAACUCUGACGUUUGUGUAUAUCCGGAGGUUGUACUGGCGUGCUUAGCCUCGGCUGAGGCGAUUUGGCGGGUAAUACUUUUGUAUAUUUCUGAUUUCGGUCGGCGCAUAGUCUGAAGCAGGACCAGAGUGAUACCAAAGUAACUUUUAAUUAGUGUGCGAAAUGUCGUCAACACCAACAGAGGAAAGAAAGUACUUUUGCAGCCCUGAGGCAAAUAGCAGACUGGAACUGCAGGGCCGUGUACCUCGCGAGCCUCAGGACGAAGGUGGGACCAUGGAGUCUAUCGCUGGAGCGAACCAAACCAAGAUGGGCAUAGCCUCUCAGACCCAUAAUAUAAAAAAAGAAGCCAUGCUGCUGUUCCAGAAGACCCGUGCCGAUAACUCUCUGGUUCUCCUGACGAGGAAGUUUGCUCAGAGAAUAAAUCACUCUCUGGGUGGAGUGGUGGACCUCAACCUGCUCUCAUCGGAGCUCAAAGUGGCCAAGAGGCGUCUGUACGACAUCACCAACGUGUUGGAAGGGAUCAAUCUCAUGAAGAAGACGCACAAAAGCCACCACCAGUGGUUGGGCGGCCCUGUGGAGGACAACCUCGCCAGAAGCCUGGAGGCUCUGAUCGAGGAGGAGGAGAAGCUGGAUGAGCGCAUCCAAAUCUGCGCCCGGCAGAUCAGCAGGCUGUGCGAGGAGAACCUGCAUGACAGGUACGCCUACCUGACGUACGAGGACAUCAGGAGCAUUUCGAGUUUUGAGCAGCAGACUGUGAUUGUGAUCAAAGCUCCGCCCGAGACUCGCCUUCAGGUGCCACAUCCGGAGGAGAGCUUGCAGAUUCACCUCAGAAGCGCCAACAGACCCAUCGAUGUUUUCCUCUGCUCUGAUACACCGGUUGCCAUGGAGACGCCGGCUGCGGGCAGCACCAACGGUGGACAGGUCCAGCUACCCGCCUGUAUUAGAUACUCCUCUGCACCUCCAUCCUUCUCAAUGCAGACGUCGACUAAAGAGGAUGCUAACAGUAGCUGUGAAACGAAGGGUUUCUCACACCCAGAGUCUGAGGUGACACCACACUCGACACUAAGUUUCAUCCCUUUGACGAACUCGUGCAGUAUCCCCGCGAAACUCGAGCAUAGCUACGCCAUUUCGUCUCCGAUCUCCUCCCUUGGCGGGGAGCGUUGCCUCAUCAGCCUGACCACAGAUGAAGGCGUCACCAAGUUCUCCUCAGCCUGACAUGGAGAUGCUGCGUUGCUGAACAGACUCGGUUGGAAUCGUCACACUGGAUUUGCUCCGGAAAUGCUAAGAAGUUCAGGCUUAUUGGCUGGGUGCUGUUGGACUACACUGUUCAUCUAUCUGAGAUCAUGAAUCUGUUUAAGAUUGAGUGAGAGAACAUGGAUAAUUUUUCCUGCUGGAUGUCAAAUGAACUGUAAAGACAUUAUAAAGGAACAAACUCGGUUAUAGGAUGUGACUUGAAUUCACUCACUGAUUUAAAAAUAAGGUCAGAUCCUCGAAGAAUCUUUCAACCUUGGAUUUAGUUUGCUGCAAAGGCGGAGCAACGUUAGGUAUGUUUUAUUUUCAAAGUGCUCCAUCAUGAAUGGGCAACACGGGGCAUAAAUAGUGUCAUCAUGGGUGGCGUGAUGAUGUCACCAUGGAGUUUCCAUAGCAUCUGACAGCCAUUCUGUCGUCCCAUGGUGUCUUGAAAAUACAUCCAUAUUUUGUACCCACGCUCUGCCAUUUUAUCCCAAGAUUCCAAUCCACUUUUUGCCUGUAAGCAGUGCCUUUUAUAACCACGUACUUUACCAUUUUUUAUUGUUUUGGUCUGCAGGUGUUCUUGAUGAAUAAAAGAAUCGUAGAAUGCA